AUGCAUCGCCUCCUAGGGCUCGCCAUCGCAGCUUCUGCCCUGCUAGCCCUAGCGCAGGCCACUCCGGCGCCCGUCGUCGGCGGCGGCGGCGGCGGCGACUCAGCCGACAGCGUGCCAGUAUUCCGGCGGGCCGACGACAACAAACCAGAGAAAGACUGCGGCAAGUCCAACAUCACAGACCAGACGUCGUUCGCGUCGCCGCUGGCCCGCGACUGCAUGCAGCUGGCGGCCAACAUCCGCAGCGGCGGCGGCUGGUCCAUCUUCGGCCCGUGGCAGAAGGAGAUCGCGCAGUUCGGCACCUGCGCGUUCGGCGUCACGGGCAUCUCCAUCACGGGCCGGCUCGAAACGUUCUACGUCGGCAACCAGGACGUCAUCGACUCGAUUACCGACUCGGUCCAGCAGUUCCAGCACCUCGGCCGCGACGGCAACCCGAUUAUCGGCUGCGAGGGGAAGAUGGGAUGCAAUGCGAGGAUCUCAGACGACCUGAUUGUGACCUGGGGAAUUUACCACACCAAGUGA